ACACGCACUGACAUGGGUGGAUGAGCUGUGGGGCCCGAUGAUUGUGGGUCCCUGCUGACAUGGCAGCAUCAGAAGCCACUAUGUGCUAGGGUCAUAUGCCUGUUCUGAGGUGGCUUUGUGCCCCUCAAAGCAGGCAAACGUCUAAAAAAAACAUGAGCUAUGCCCCUUUGGCAUGGCUCUCAGUUCAUCCUCCUGCUCUCCAUCCCAUUCUUUUCUUCCGGUUCUCAUCAACACCAUGUGCUUCAACUCCCCCACCCUUUGCCCUCCUCUUCUUUAAAGAAAAGAAUCUUGCUUUACUGUGUGAGUGAGAGAGAGCACAUGCAAGUCCAAUCAUGGAGGUUCUUCUACUGGCAUUGCAUGUGACUCAAUCACUGCAAGCCACUCCCACCCCCUUCUUUGCCUCCACCUCUUCCCUUUCAAAUUCCCCAUAUAUCAACCACUCUCUUAACCCUCUUAAACCAAUGACACAAUGAGCACUUCCUCAGGUACUACGACUGCAACUUCUCGCUCUUGGUCUGUUAGUGAGGAUUCAUUGAGAAGGUAUGUAUCGUACGCAAGCGAGAGCUGCAUUCAGGAGCUGCUAUCUGCAUCAGACUCAAGCCGGGCCGAAGGUGGUGAUGGAUGGAAAGUGUUGGCAUUUGAAAAUGGUGUUGAGAUAUCGAAGCGGUGCUCAGGCUCACCGCAUGUCUUCCGUGGCAGGUGGCUGCUCCGUUCAGUCUCGCCACAGCAGUUCAUCACCGUCGCCACUGCUAUUGACGCUGCUAAGCAAUGGGAUCCCGAUCUAGUGGAAGCCAAAUAUAUAAAGGACCUUAACGAUAAUCUCAGCAUUAUUCGCCUAAGGUUUGGUGAUGCCUCGAAACCACUCUUCAAGAACAGAGAAUUUAUAGUUUACGAGCGACGGGAGACAAUGGAUGAUGGAACUCUUGUGGUUGCUGUGGCAUCUCUACCGAAGGAGAUCGCUGCAGGAUUGCAGCCUAAGAAGAAUAAUUCCAUUAGAGGGCUAUUGCUGCAGUCUGGAUGGGUGGUUGAGAAGCUUGAGGAUGACUCCUGCAUGGUGACUUACGUCGUUCAGCUUUUCCUUCAUUUCCUUAUUUAGAAGAAGCCUUGCAGCUUGCCCAAGGGAAGGUUCAUGAACUUUUCAGUACUCAUAGGGAGAUUUUAAAGCCAGAAGAAACCAAGUUGGUUGCCCCAAUCCCAAUCCCUCCAGCAAUCUAGACUUGCCUAUCCCCAUCUAGAAUCAUAGCAUCGACUAUUGAUUAGUUGGCAGAUGAAUGGAAUUGUCUAGAUAGUGCAACUUCUAUAACUACAGGCACAAAACAAGAAACAAGGUUUGAGUUUGAGAUCAUAAAAACUUUAAAAGGUGAAGUGUUAACUAGCCUGAUGGGGAACAGUUACAUCUCUGCAACGAAAUAUCAAUGAAAUAGAACAGGGAACAAAUAAACAUCGAAACUUUGAAGGAAAACGAGAUCAAGAACUCGAUUUGGAAAGAAACAUAGAAUCUGGAUGCUCGAGGCCAUGAUUUGAAUCGUCGCCUGCCAAGAAACGAAGGGAUUGACUCCCUUUGACUUGACCCAAGGCCAUCGAAAUCGAAUCAAAAGGCCGUUCGAGAGGAACCAAGAACUGGGUCAUUGAAAACUGGAAGAGAGAAGUAAAGAAGCGGUUGGGGAAUUGAUGGACAAUCUUGAUGCUCGAGACUGUGAUUUGAAUCGUCACCUGCCAAGAAACAAAGGGAUCGACUCCCUUUGACUUGACCCAAGGCCACCGAAAUCGAAUCAAAAGGCCGUUCGAGAGGAACCAAGAACUGGAUCAUUGAAAGCUGGAAGAGAGAAGGAAGAAGCGGUUGGGGAAUUGAGGGACAAUCUUGAUGCUCGAGACCGUGAUUUGAAUCGUCACCUGCCAAGAAACAAAGGGGUUGACUCCCUUUGACUUGACCCAAGGCCAUCGAAAUCGCAUCAAAAGGCCGUUCGAGAGGAACCAAAAACUGGAUCAUUGAAAACUGGAAGAGUGAAGGAAAGAAGCGGUUGGGGAAUUGAG